CGGCAACGUACCAGAGUCAUCCUCUGCCAUGGCAAACCGAAGUGUCCUGGCCUGCUGCGUUCUGGCGCUGCUGGUGAGCAGCUGCUCCGCCAAGCCGGAGGCCCUCGGCGGCUUGCUCGGCGGUGUCGUCGGCACCGUAGGGGGCGUCGUCGGCGGCGUUGUCGAAGGCGUGGCCCAGACGGCCAUCAGCCUCCUCGAGCUGCCCAGGGUCCUGCUGCUCACCGGCCUCGACUUCUUCCUCAACAUCUUCCAAGUCUGCCCUCCCCUCAAAGCGCCGCUCUACGACGUCGUGUACCCUCAGGGAACGCUCACUGUGGAAUUCGUCAACACUAGGCUCAACCAGUGCGUCACUAUUCUGAACCAGUUGGUCGCCCAGAAGCAGCUUACUCUCGUUCAGGCACAAGAUAUAUUGGCGCAGGUACAACUACAACUCAAAGCGGUGCUGGCUGGUAAGCUUAACACUGCACUUCUGGUUCCUGUGCAUUUAUGAAGAGACCAAGGGGCCGGCAUAUACAGACGUUCCUUACUGACUGAAAAAGUUUUACUUUUUGAUCAAUCAUUAGUUAGACCAACAUCACUGGUGAACGAAAAUAAUCAAUUGUUAAUUUUCAAUAAUGUCUGAUAUGCAGAUUUGAAAUAAAUGAUAUCCUCGCUUGUA